CUCAGUGUCACCUGAAGCUGUAAUGUGCCCAUUUCUUCUUCUCCUCCUACAGUGAGAAGAAGGCGUGUCCUCCUUCUUCUCAGAGAGAGAGAGAGAGAGAGAGGGAGGGGGGGCUUUUCUGUGUUUCUCGCUUCGGGUUGAAUCAUAGGAGGAACCUAUGAAACAAGGCGAAUCGCGCUCCACCUCCCCCCUCCACCCCGAUCAAAGACCCGGGGAGGAGCGGACACGCGCAGACAGGCGGACACGCGCAGGGGGAGCACCGCUGCUGCCAUCGGAACCGAGGACCAAACACAAGAUGGACGACCACGCUGCCGCCUCGGAGCUGUGACCUCGCCGUGACCUCGCCGUCGAGUCGUGGUCGCUGGUGUACGGUGUGAUUUGUCAACGCGACCUUUCCCCUCCUUCACGUCGGCCGCCCGAACAGCGCAACAGAUCGUCUGCCCAUCUGCAAAAAAGAAGAAAAAAAAUGGAUACUCUGUCCCAGGACUCCAUUCUGGAGUGCCAGAUCUGCUUCAACUACUACAGCCCCCGCCGGCGCCCCAAGCUGCUGGACUGCCGGCACACGUGCUGCUCGGUGUGCCUGACCCAGAUGCGCAGCAGCCAGAAGGAGAUCCGCUGCCCCUGGUGCCGCAGCGUCACCAGGCUGCCGCCGGGCCUGUCCGUCUCGCAGCUCCCGGACGACCCGGACAUCGUCACGGUCAUCGCCAUCCCCCACGCCUCGGAGCACACGCCGGUCUUCAUCCGCCUGCCCAGCAACGGCUGCUACAUGCUGCCGCUCUCCGCCACCGCCAAGGAGCGGGCGCUGGGCCUCCCCGGGGGGCAGCUGGGGUGCCGCUUCCUGCCCGGCGGCCACCAGAAGGCGGUGACCGUGGUGGCGGUGCCCGAGCGCCAGCACCUGGGCCUGGCCGUGGACCUGGAGGGGCUGGGCCUGGAGGUGGGCGAGGGCGAGAGGAGGGUGGCGGGCCCGGCUGGGGGGGGGAAGGGCUCCGCGUGGUCCGGCGUGUGCACGGUGAUCCUGGUGGCCUGCGUGCUGCUCUUCCUCCUGGGCAUCGUGCUGCACAACAUGUCCUGCAUCUCCAAGCGCUUCACUGUCAUCUCGUGCGGCUGAGGGCGGGAGGGACGGGGGGGGGG